AUGAACACACUGUCGGAAGCCAGUGUCACCUUUGCCAUCUCUCUUUUAAAGCUUUUGGGUCAGGACGACCCUGUGCGCAAUGUCUUCUUCUCUCCUGUGAGCAUCUCCUCGGCCUUGGGCAUGGUGCUGCUGGGGGCCAAGGGCAACACAGCGGCCCAGAUAGUUCAGGCACUGGCAAUACACGAUGAGGAGGACAGUCACGGUGGCUUCCAGUCACUUCUCACCCAAGUGCACAAGCCUGGCGCACCACAUUCCCUCAGCAUAGCCAACAGGCUCUUCAGUGCAGACAGCUGCCAAGUCCUCUCACCAUUUCAGCAGUCCUGUCUGAAGUUCUACCAAGUGGAGCUGGAGCAGCUGCCCUUUGCCAAAGAUCCAGAGAGCUCCAGGAAACACAUCAACGCCUGGGUGUCCACCAAGACAGGAGGAAAAAUUGAAGAGUUGUUGGGCAAGAAUGUCAUUGAUGGGGCCUGCAGGCUGGUUCUGCUUAAUGCUGUCUAUUUCAAUGGCACUUGGAGUAAACAGUUUAAGAAGUCAUACACAACUGAACAGCCUUUCAAAAUAAACCAGAAAGAGGAGAGGCCAGUGCAGAUGAUGUUCCAAACAAGCGCUUUUCCUUGGGCCCAUGUGAGCGAGGUAGGGGCCCAGGUGGUGGAGCUGCCUUACAAGGGCCAGGAGCUGAGCAUGGUUGUGGUGCUCCCAGAUGAGGGCGUGGACCUCAGCACGGUGGAAAAAGCCCUCACUCCUGAGAAAUUCCAAACCUGGACCAGUCCCGAACACAUGCAUAGAAUACAAUUGUCAGUUUUCCUUCCAAGAUUUAAACUGGAAGAAGAAUAUGACAUGGUCUCUGUGAUGCAGCAUCUGGGUGUGGUUGAUGUCUUUGAUCCGGGCAACGCAGACCUCUCUGGGAUGUUGGCCGACAGUGAUCUGUGUCUGUCCAAGUUCAUGCACAAGAGUGUGGUGGAGGUCAAUGAAGAGGGCACAGAGGCGGCGGCAGCAACAGCUUGUCUGAUGUGUCCUGAGUCUGGAUUUUUUCCAAAGCAGUUCCGUGCCGACCACCCCUUCCUGUUCUUCAUCAGGCACAACAAAACCAACAGCCUUCUGUUCUGUGGGAGAUUCUCGUCUCCAUGA